AAAACUUUAAAUUAUGUGACCUUCCAAGUUCUUGGUAGGAAAAUGAAACAGAAAUCCAGAAAUCUACCAAACUGAACUGAUAUUUUCGGAAAAUUGGUGUGUGUGUGUGUGUGUUGACAUGUUAACUAUCAAAUCUUCUUUUUUCUGAUCUCACACAGAUUGAAGUAAACAGACGACUUCUGGUUCCCGCACACAGGCGCAUACACACUCCCACACACACACAGAGAGAGAGAGAACAGUUCCUCCAGCACAAUUACAAUGUGUGCCGUCAUUCAGCCUCCUUGAUGGUUGUCAUGGAGAUGUCAUUGAUAAGCUGGAUGAAAUGAUUUUUCCUUUCUGAGUGGAACUAUUGAAAGUCCUGCUUGUCUACUUUUACCAUUAGUGAGCCUUUGCUGAAUUAGAGCCCCUUUAAUGAAAAGACAAACCGAGAAGUCAGCCUGCAGAGCCUUGACUGAUGUUGCCAGUGUCUACUUUCUCUUAGAGUGACACACACAUAAAUCAUCUCUUCAGUUGCCGCUCUACACCAGAAGAGUGAACGUCUGCAGGCGGAUACUGAUCCUGACUGACUGAAACCUGAAAUCGCUCCUACAACAUCUUGAGAAUCUUAAUCUGGGGCCAGGAGGGAUGGAGGCAAAAGUCUGCAAUCUGAGCAUAGCAGUGGAUUCAGGUAAUCCAUUGCUAAAAGCAGUUUUCCUCAGACGACUGAGGCUUACAAGGCUGCUUUUAGAGGGCGGUGCGUACAUCAAUGAGAGUGACAGCCAAGGCCAGACGCCCUUAAUGGUGGCUUGUCGGACCAAGCAUACCGACUCCCAGUGCGCCAGUCGGGUUAAGAUGAUCCAGUUUCUCCUGGAGAGAGGAGCCGAUCCAAACAUUCAGGAUAAGAAAGGACGCUCUGCGUUGAUGCAUACCUGCCGGGAUCAGGCCGGUCCCGAGGUGGUGUCUUUGCUCCUGGCCAGCGGAGCCGACAUCAGCUUAGAGGACCGGUCCGGAAUUUCGGCGUUGGUCUACGCGGUCGUGGCCGGAGACUGGAAUGUACUGAAGCUUUUGCUCGACGCAUGCAAGGCAAAGGGGAAGGAGGUGAUCAUCAUAACCACUGACAAGUUUCCAAACAGAAACCUGGCAGCCAAGCAGUACCUCAGCAUGCCUGUCGCCGAUCCCGUCGACGAGACCGAUCCGAUUACAGCAGCAGCUCCUGUGUCUCCCUCUGAAAUUCAGCUGAUCACCUCCCCGCAGUGCACGUCCUCCUCUUUAUGUCCCCCCAAGCAAGUGUUUUCCUUUAAAGAAGGACAGAUCUGCGGUGCCAGCUCCCAUCCGUGUUCGCCGUCUCGGUUUCGAGGACUUGGACAAGCGACGCCCGGCGGACUACAGCAACCUCUGCAGAGACUGAACUCUGAGCCUUGGUUAAAGAUCUCAACGUCUCUGCUUGCUGAACCACGCCAGUCAACUUUUAACCUGACUAAAGAUAUUUCCUUCACAGUCCCCAACCUGGAGAGGGACAGCAGCAAUAGCCCCAAAGGUUUCAGACAUUAUGGAAGAUUAACAAAGGAUAGAAGAAUAGAAGAUGGCAAGAUUGACUGCAGUGAACAUGAAGGAGACGUGAUUUCUUUAUCAGGUCUGCUUUCGUCCCACUCUGCCUCUCACCCCAACCUGCACUCUGAAACUCGUGGAACAGACCCAGCCGCCGGCUCUUCAGCUCUUUGUAGUGGCAGCAACCUUGGUGCGACCUUUCACGGCUUGGCCUCAUCGAGCCUUAAUCGUGUCAUACAGACACACAAGCUGAGCGCAGACAUCUACGGCUCCGACCCACAGCUAGCUGUGGAUCUUCAAAGUCUCUCUGAAGAACAGAGAGACAAAGCCCCGUUAGAUGGCAAGAAACUGGCGCCGCUGCGUUGCUCGACCACGAUGGGUUCCAGAGACUCCCUGAAAGGCUACAGCAAGAGAGGGUUCUCUUUGUAUGAGCGCAGGGGCUCCGGGACGUUCCUGCUGGACCACAACCAUCAGGCCAGGCCUAGAUCUCUGCCACCGCUGACCAAAAACCCCAAUGUCAACGUUGCUAUUAACGGUUUGGGCAAUGGAAGCGGUUUCUCCGAAAAAGAGCUCGGUCAGAAGGGUUUCCUGCCCUGCGCCCCGCCUGGACAACCGAAGGAACUGACCCGGAGGAUGCUGUUGAGGAGACACUCGAUGCAGACCGAACAGUUCAAAAGCUCGGUCUGAAAAUGAGGCGACAGAGACGGGGAGUAUUCACUGUGUUCAAGGCGGCUUCUGUUGUGAAAUCAUUGUGAAUUUUGUUAUGAAAAGUAAAAAAUAAAACAGACACACCCUGGGCUUGACAAAGAAAACAGACAACACAGUACAGUGCUGUGAAAGAGUAUUAAUCCCCCUAAAGAUUUUUGCUUUUUUUUUUGCUUUUUUGGUAAACUUAAAUGUUGCAGAUGGCAAGACAAACAUAUCUAGACCAAAUAUGAUGAGCAAUUUCCAAUUACUCAGUUUUAUUAGUGGAAAUAAGGUAGCCAAACCAACCCUCUAAUGCAAAACCUGGUUGUCCCACCCUAAUGAGCAACAACUCAUAAGGGUGAGAUAAGAGAUUAAAUGUUUGCAAUCACCGAGUCAAUGAGAAAAUCCUGAAGAGGAUAAUUGAUUCUGGAACUUAAUCAUUUUGUGUUAUGCAUCGUCACUUGUCGAUAAAGAAGGCUUGUACAUUGGUCAGCUUUUUAAACCACUGAAAACACAUUUUUACUCUGGUUUUAAGUUUUAGUGAUGCUUUAGCGUUAUGAUAUAGUCUUCAUAUGUUUGUUGUCAUGACCCCAAUUUUUUUUAAUCCUAUUUUAAUUUACCUCCAUUUUAUCUCAUCCCUCUUUGUUUUCUUAUUUCAUAUUAAUUUCUCAUUUCUUACUUUGAUUAUUUGCUUGUUUCAACUUGUAUAAUCGUUUGACAAGAGAAGGAUGCAAAUCACAGCACCAAGUCUUCGUUUGUAUGGGAAGCAUUGCUGGUCAAAAUAAUUGAUAAUUGUUGCUAACAAGAGUGGCAAAAGGUGCAGAUCUACCUAAGACCCAGGCUGGUUUGGACGGCUUCUUCAUACUUGAAAACUUGUUUUUGAAUCCAGUUCUUCUUCACAGCACUGUACCUCAGUGACAGUCCAAUGCCAGGAUAUACUAUGUUGUUUGUUGUUUCAGGUUCUAUCCACACUAUCCCAGAUCCCAAGUAUGUUGUAAAAAUUACGGUUUGUGCUCUCUGUGUACCUCUCAUCCACAUCUAGAUAGAUUUUGGGGGAUAACUUUAAAAAAAAAAAAUAGUCUACCAAUGUAGAGGUUUUGGAAAUGGUAAAAUAUCAGCCUAAUUGAUUAUCACUCACCAUCUGUGCUUAAAAAAAAAAAAAAGCAGGGAGUCUUUUGUAGAGACUUUCCCAAUGUUUCUCACUUCUGUAUUGUUUCCAUGAAACUUUCAAGCAUGAACUGAAAGGUUUAAACUUUGUGUUGUCUGUAAUAACUAAUGUCGUAUCACUGUGAGCUUGAUGGAAAGUAAAUAAAUCCUCAGAGUGGAGGGAGUUCCCAGUUAGGCAGGUUUAGUAGACUUUACUAUUUAAAAAUCUGCUUUUUUUCCCUUUUAAACCAAACAAUUUGAACAUAUAGGUUGCUCCUGUCUUGAUGUCCAACAACAAGUGAAGGAAGGAAUAAUGUUGUUUUCUUCUCUGCUCUUGUAUAAAAGACUUUAUCACAACUUUCCAAUGAAGAGACAACGCAGGAUCAAAGCCUGAAUUCAGGCCUGUAUUUAAAGUUUUACCUUCAAAAGUUACAAAAGCAGACACUUAGAGAAACAUUGAUGACGAUGUGUGCAGGAUUAGAAAAUGAAUAGCAGUUAUGCCCCGUUGUGAUAAUAAUGACCGAUGAAUUACGAGGCACCAAUUUACACUGGAUAUUAAUACAAAUGCUAUAAAAUGUCUGAAUAAUGUUGCUGUAAAAAAAAAAAAA